UAUCCGCCUCACUUAGAUACGAGCAAGAUGGCUGACAAACCUAAGCACAAACCCCCGGAGGGGAUGGAACCAUACGAUUUAGGUGGACAAGGUGACCUCGGAGCACUCAGUCCCGAACAACAAGAAAAACUGAACAGAUUUAAGAUUCAAACUAGAUUAGAGAAUGAGAAAUAUCUUAGAAAUCACCCAGAAGUAGAAUGUUUGCUCACAGGAUUUUUAGGGGAUAUAUUACGGAAGAGGCCAAAUAAUGUAAGAGAGUUUGCAUCAUCAUAUUUCACAGAUCCUGAUCUACCAGACAAAGUCGUGAAUCAGUUAGAAGGGAGACAAGCACAAAUGAAACAGAACAAGGUGCUACAAAAGACUUUGACUCAGUAGACAUGUUGUAGUUUGUUUUAAGGGAAAUUGUGUAUAACUGUACUCUUUAUUUUAAAUUGAAUCUGUGGAUAAUUUUUUGCUGCCACACAUAGUUAGGCAUGAAAAAACUUUGUUAGUUUGUUUUAACAUCAAACACUGAUAUUUUGAAAUGGAAAUGUAUUCGACAAUAAAGGCAGAAAAAAUGAGGAUUUUAUCUUUGCCAUUAAAUACACCUGCAUUUGAUUAAAUAUAAGUAGGAAUAGUUAAAAAGAAUUGUAAAAUGACCCUUUUAAUACAAUGGAAUGAUCUCUUAUCAGGAAUGACUUAAUGCCAUUGCAGCAUUUAUGUGAAAUUCAGGAUUGUGUAUUGAACAACUGAGGUGACUUAUGCUAAAUUAUACAGUGAGGCAUGUUUCUUUCAUAAGACAAAAACUUUAAAUGCAUAAUUUGAUGUGCUGAUGCAUGUUUUUGAAAACUUGUCUUCUUUUUUAUGAAUUUUAUGAAUAUCUUUUUCAAAUGUUUACAUCUGACAGGGGAUAAAUACCAGAAAGAAUAAAGGAAAUGUAAUCGGUGAACAACUUUAGUGUAAUAUGUGAACUGCAUGCUACCUGCAGUAUUCUAGAUAUCAAGUUGUUUGUCAUAAUGUGUGACCUUUAUAUCCGUGCUGCAUGAUCUUAGUAUAAUGUAGCAAACUGUACAUUAAUUUAAAGGCUUAAAUAAACAUAUUUAUCUUAGUACA